UAUAUAUACACCCCGCUGUUCCGUGGCGCAGUUCAAUUCAGAUUUCAGCAUUCGCGGAGAGUUAAUGCUCGACUUGCACGUGCAUUAUUCGGCAUCACUCAUCUCAUCGGAGUGUCAACACUAACAUACGUCAAGAAGUCACGCACGAGAAGUCACCGGCUAAUCGGCGGCCGAUAACGAGCGGUUACAUAAAUCGCUAUCGUCGGCGAGGACGACGAAGAAGGGGAAUCACAUCAGCGGUAGGAACACGUCUGCUGUCAUCCAUGGCACAGGCUCUGAAGACCCACGAGGUUAUUCCAGACGUGGUGAACAAGGUGCCGGCCAACGUCCUGAAUGUGACCUAUCCCAAUAAUCUCGUCGUCGAGAUCGGCAAGGUGCUCACUCCGACCCAGGUCAAGGAUCAGCCUAACGUUCAGUGGAGUGGAGAAGCAAAUGCGUUGUACACCCUAUGCAUGACCGAUCCUGACGCUCCAAGCAGACAGAAUCCCAAAUUCCGUGAAUGGCAUCACUGGCUGGUAGGCAAUAUUCCCGGAUCAGACGUCUCUAAAGGAGAGGUUCUGUCUCAGUACAUCGGCUCCGGACCGCCGCAGGGUACAGGUCUCCACCGAUACGUUUUCCUGUUGUACAAACAGCCUGGCAAGCUCACUUUCGACGAGAAACGCUUGACCAACCGGAGUGGCAACAAUCGCGGCAAGUUCUCCAUUAAGAGCUUCGCGAAGAAAUAUAAACUCGGCGAUCCGAUCGCCGGCAAUAUGUAUCAGGCGGAGUUUGAUGAUUACGUUCCGAUUCUCUAUAAGCAGCUCGAGGGUUAAUUUUGUGUACAAUGAAUACAAUAAUAUAUGUAAUAUUUUCGAUAGCACACAUGUUUAUACAUAAUGUAUAUGCAACCGUUUGUUGAAUAAAUAUGCAUCAAGAAUUUUUCAAUUAA